UUGGCUAGAAAGAAUAAUUAAAAGUGAAUAAUGUACAUUUCUAUAUGCAUAUGCACAUGUCUUUGUAUUAGCAUAACUAUUAAUGGAGUAUGGCAGGAGAUAUUUAUGUAUGUGUGAGAGAAAGGCAGAGAUGGAACCCAUGAUCCUCUCACUUCAGUUCACAUUUUACUUUGUGGUCGGGAAAGAGAAUAUUCCUACAACAUUUGCUCAAAUGAGUCAUCAACACUCAGAGAAGCUUUUCUAAAGUAUUACAUGGCCAAGGUGCAUAAUUAUGAUGAUAAUAAGUUAAUGGAUUUUAGCUAAAGAAGAAACAUACAUACAUAGAAACAUACAACAAGGCUGUAUGUUGUCACUUUAUUGACUUAAUUUAUAUGCAGAGUUUUUCACGCAAAAUGCCAGGGUGGAUGAAUCAAAAGCUGGAAUUAGGGUCAUCAGGAGAAAUAUCAAGAAUCUCAGAUAUGCAGACAACAUCACUCUAAUGGCAAAAAGUAAAGAGGAAUUAAGACGUUUCUAAAUGACAGUGAAAGAGAAGAGUAUAAAAUCUGGCUGGAAACUUAACAUCAACAAACCAAGAUCUUUGCAAUUAGUCCCGUCAUUUCCUGGUAUUUAGAAGAAGAACUGAAAUCAGUGUCAGAUUUUAUAUUCUUGGAUCACAGAUCAUUGUAGGUAUGAAAUUAAAAGAUCCUUGCUUCUUAGAAGAAGCUAAGGUAAAUCUGGACAGCAUACUAGCAGAACCUACACCUUGCCAUUAAAGGUCCAUAGUCAAAGCUAUGGGUUUUCCCAAAGCAACAUAAGGCUGUGAGAGUUGGAUUAUGAGGAAAUCUGAGCAACUGCAGAAUUGAAGCUUUUGAAGUAUGAUGCUGGGAGAAGACUUUUGGGAGUCCCUUGGAUGACAAGGAGAUCAAAUCAAUUAAUAUUUAAAGAAAUUAACUGCAUUUACCAAAGAUGAAAGUAAGUACUUUGGACACAUAAUGUAAAGAUGGGACUCACUGGAAAAAAACCUUGAUGUUAGGAAAAAUUGAAGGCAAAAGAAAAAGGGGAUGACAGAAUAAGAUGGAUAGAUAGCAUAAUGGAAAAAAGAAUACAAACUUGGACAGAUUUGAGAAUUAGUGGAAGAUAAAAGGGCCUAGCAUGCUCUGGUCCAAGGGGUCACAAAGAAUUCAAUUCUUUGUUCAACUGAACAACAACAAAAUAACACAAUAAAAGCAUUAAGCCAAUGUACAAAUAUGAACCAUUUCUAUAAAUCAUCUCCAUAUAAUACAUUUGAUUAUUUCUUUGAUAGAAUAUUAUGAGAUCCUACAUUUUACCUCAAGUCUGCUUGUUUACAUGCUGGACUUAAAAGUGAAAAAGACCUGCAUUGCAAUCCGACUCUGUUAUGUACUAGCUGUGUGAUUUUGGGCAAGUCAUUUCAUCCUUCUGCCUCAGUUUCUUCAUCUGAAAAUUUGGGACAAAAAUAGUACCUGUCUUACAGGUACUCAUCAAGCUGUAUCUCUUCAAGGAAGAACAGAACAAAUUAGCAUCUUAAGAUUGGGUAACCUGGAAAUUUAGCAAGUUUGUUUUUGUCUCUGUUCUUGCAGACUGUGUUUUGAAGUUAGGGUGUUCAUUGUAGAUGAAGUAACCAGUGAAAAGGGCCCUGCACAUGACAGUGCCCUUCCAUGUGUAACCUACCAUGUUUCCUGUUGCUGGCGGUGAUAAUUUUAGUCUUUAUCUCUUGGUUCAUUUAUUUAACUAAGGUUAUUAGUAUUCUCUAGUCUCAUGAUUUUUAAAUAGUUUGAUGUACAAAGAGACCCUAAUGAAAAAAGAUAGUUUCUAUAAAUAAAUUGAAAAAAAUGACUAGAUUUCUUUUGAUGUUGACAUGUAUUCAUUUUUUCUCCCCCAGCAUGGCAUCCUCAAACUUUGAAGAACAGGGGAGUGCCUCCAGCAACUUCCUUCCCCAGAAUUCCAGUAACUACAUAUCCUUGGACUUUGAACCUAACAUGGAGUACAGAUUUGUGGAACAAUUAGAAGAACGUUAUAAAUGUGCAAAAUGCCAUUCUGUCCUUCACAACCCACAUCAAACUGGCUGUGGACAUCGAUUCUGUGAGAACUGCAUUCUAUCCUUGAGAGAAUUAAAUGCAGUGUCCAUCUGUCCUGUAGACAAGGAGAUUAUCAAACUCCAGGAGGUGUUUAAAGAUAAUUGCUGCAAACGAGAAGUGCUCAACUUACAGGUUUUUUGCAAAAAUGCUCCCCAAUGUGCUGCCAAGAUCAUUCUGGGGCGAUACCAGGAUCACCUCCUACAGUGUUUAUUUCAAUCUGUGCAAUGUUCUAAUGAAUGCUGUCAAGAAAAAGUCCUUCGAAAAGAUUUGAAAGAUCACUUGGGUUUACAUUGUCAGUUUCGAAAGGAAACAUGUCCAUACUGCAAAAAAGAUAUAGUGGUGAUGAAUUUACAGAAUCACAAGGAAAAAAUUUGCCCAGAGUACCUUGUAUCUUGUCCCAAUAAUUGUUUACAGAUUAUUCCAAGAACUAAGGUUGAUGAGCAUAUUACUGUGUGUCCUGAGGUGGAACAAGAAUGCCCCUAUAAACAUUAUGGCUGUCCUGUGAAGGAAAAAAGGAUAAAUCUUAAGGAACAUGAGAAUUCUGCUUUAAGAGAACACAUGCUUCUGGUUUUAGAAAAGAAUUCCAGAUUAGAAGAACAGAUUUCUGACUUGCACAAGAACUUAGAACUAAAAGAAAGUAAAAUUCAGCAGUUAAGUGAAACUGUAAAGAAAUUUGAAAAGGAGUUUAGGCAGUUUGUACAGCUGUUUGGCAAAAAUGGUAACUUGCUGGCAAAUACCCAGGUUCUUGCCAGUCACAUUGAUAAAUCUGCUUGGUUGGAAACACAAGUAAGGGAGUUAUUAGAGGUGGCUAACCAGCAGCAAAACAGAUUGGAUCUAAGACCUUUGAUGAAUACAAUUGAUACUAUAAAGGAGAAGAUCACUCUGCUGGAAACCUAUGACCAGAGAUUGGUCACUUUGGAAGACCAAACAAACAGACAUGAUGUCCACAUUAAUGUUCAUAAAGCCCAGCUGAAUAAAAAUGAAGAGCGAUUUAAAAUGUUAGAGGGUACUUGUUAUAAUGGCAAAUUGAUAUGGAAGGUGACAGACUACAGGAUGAAAAAAAGAGAAGCAACUGAAGGCCGCACAGUGUCCAUAUUCAGCCAGCCUUUCUAUACUAGCCGCUGUGGCUACCGACUUUGUGCAAGAGCUUACUUAAAUGGGGAUGGGUCAGGGAAAGGGACACAUUUAUCAUUGUAUUUUGUGGUGAUGAAAGGGGAAUUCGACUCAUUGUUGCAGUGGCCUUUCAAACAGAGGGUUACCAUGAUGCUUUUGGACCAGAGUGGGAAAAAGAACCACAUUACAGAGAUUUUCAAGGCUGACCCCAAUAGCAGUAGCUUUAAAAGGCCUGAUGGAGAGAUGAACAUUGCAUCUGGCUGUCCUCGCUUUGUGGCCCAUUCCAUUCUGGAGAACAGCAAGAAUACCUACAUCAAAGAAGAUACAUUGUUUAUGAAAGUGGUGGUAGAUUUGUCUGACCUUGAGGACCUGUAAAAAGUACCCAGAUUCACUGCUGUUUUGAUGAGAGAAGCUCUUGGCUUCACAAUAGUAAAGGCCGGACUUAAUUGCCAGAAUGAAGUGAAAUUCAUUCUAUUUCUAAGGUGUGUUUAGGUUUUUAUUCUCUCGAUACUUUAAAGCUAGAUAAAAAUGCUAAAGUUCUAGUUUGUCUUUUAUCAAUAGGCUGAAUGUAUGCUCUAUUUUGAUUGUCAGAAAAUUGACUUUAUUCUUUUUCA